AUGUCGAAAGCAUUGUCGACGGCAUACUCCUCCAACUCAGCCAAACCAUCAUUAUUUAUUUUUCCCUCUAUUUCUCUUGCAGGUAUAGAAUAUGCCUGUGAUUGGUGGUCGGUUGGAAUCUGUCUUUACGAGCUACUCACUGGAGUACAGUUCUCCGAGGCUCAUCCAGCCUGGUGCAAUCCCAAUUUACUAUGGCUCAAGCAGCUGAAAAACCUAGAAGCUAGGCUUUAUAACUCUUGUCCCAAGACAGAAUUCUCCCCAAUUCAGCUUGAGUUUCCCUUGGGGCUUUCGGAAGCAGCAGUAGAUCUGAUUUCCCAGGUAAGUUUGCCUAUGUUUUACUAUUUAUUUAUGCACAUAUCUACCAAUCGAUUGAUUGACGGAUAUCUGGCCCUCUAUUGGGCUGAUGUAAAAUUUACGUAA